AAAGGCAGUGUAGUUACACAUGUGGACCCAGUUCAAGUGAUAGAGUCCUCUGAUAACGUAAGGGCUAGCUGUUCUGAAGAUGUAUCCUAUGGUGAAUUUGAAAGUGAGUCAGUGACAGAAUGUGAUAAUAGUGCUGUUGUAAAUCAGCCCGAACUAAUUGAACGGAAAUUAGCAGUAAUAUUGUUGAAAUUGGAACACAUAUUUCAUGUUCCAGCAAAAGGAUUAGAUGAGUUCUUAGAGGAGUUAGUUUUUCUGUUGAGUUCAGCUAGUGUACCUCUGACAAAGCGUGCAAUUACAGAAAUUUUUAAGAGCCAUAACCUCCAUAUUAGUCAGGCUGUUAUUGAAGAGCUUGCAAAUUCUGUAUGUGUUUCUAACCCUGUGGCUAAAAUAUUGGGAAAGUGUGGCCCUCUUGCCACUCCUUAUAAAAGAAAACUAUACUACAUACAAAAUUUUAGGGUUGUAGAGCCUGUUGAGUAUUUUUUAUCGAUAGACCAAAGGAAGACAUUUCAGUACAUCCCUUUAUUACAGUUAUUGCAGGAAAUAUUGAGUCACAAUAAAUUGCUGGAUAGAGUGAUUGAAGAACAAAUAGCUCAAGAAAAUAGAGAGAAUCUGAAUGGUGAUCAGAGGGUUUACAGAUCCUUUCGAGAUGGUGAGCAUUAUAAAAGAAAUAGCUUUCUAGAUGGUGAGAAGUUGAGAAUUUCUAUUAACCUUUAUAUUGAUGAUUUUGAGGUUUGUAAUCCUCUUGGGACCUCACGGAAAAAGCACAAGCUUUGUGGUGUAUAUUGGGUCUUGGGCAAUUUACCACCUGGUUCUCAAUCAGCCCUUUCAUCCAUUUAUUUGGCAAUCCUUUGCAAGAGUGAAGAUUUGAGGACAUUUGGGUUUGAAAAAGUCUUUGAUCCACUUUUGAGAGAUCUGGUAACUUUGGAGCAACAUGGUGUGUUCAUCAGUCAGUUGAACGAGUGUAUUAAAGGAACUGUGAGCUGCGUCAUAGCUGACAACCUAGGAGCCCAUGGGCUGGCAGGUUUUGUGGAAAGUUUUUCUGCUGAAUACAUAUGCAGAUUCUGUACAGCUAAAAAAUCUGAAAUAAAGUCAGUGACUGCUGGUGAUUUUGAGCGUAGAACACCGGAACUUCAUGAAUUCCAUUUGAAGCGUGCACAAGAAACAGCAAGUGCUUGUUGUGGAGUAAAACGAGAUUGUAUUUUGAGUAAGAAUCUGAGCCAUUUUCAUGUCACUGCAGGCUACCCUCCAGAUGUAGCACAUGAUCUGCUAGAGGGCAUAAUACCAGUGGAGCUUGCGCAUUGUUUUUCUUUUUUAAUCUCUAAAAAGUAUUUCACCUUAGACAAACUUAACAACUUGAUCCAGAAUUUUGAGUAUAAAUGGGCAGAUAAAACCAACCGGCCUCAUGCAAUUCCCCAGACUUUCUCAUUAAAAAAAAAUAUUGGUGGAAAUGCACAUGAAAAUUGGUCUCUACUUCGUUUGUUGCCUCUAAUUAUUGGUCCACUUGUUCCAGAGGAUGAACCUGCAUGGCAUAUUGUUUUGGAUCUGAAGGACAUUGUGGAGCUUGUUGUAGCCCCUGUUCAGUCUGAUGAGUCAAUUUCAUACCUUGAGUGUAAAAUCAGUGAACAUCGCCAGAGAUACCAAGAACUUUUUCCAAACAACAGUCUUCUCCCUAAACAUCAUUAUUUGGAGCACUACCCUGCUCUGAUUCGGCAUUUUGGGCCUCUUGUCCACAAAUGGACAAUGAGAUUUGAGGCGAAACAUAGUUUUUUUAAACAAAUUGCUCGCCAUACAAACUGUUUUAAGAACAUACCUGUUACACUUGCCAAAAAACAUCAGCUCGUGAUUGCCUCUGACUUGCACUCUUCUGACCAUAAGACACCUUUAAUGGUAAAUGUUGGCUCAUCAGUACCAGUUGAUGUUCUGAAAAGUGAUAUCGCAGUAGCUAUAAAGCAAAGAUUACCAGAUGAAACUGAUGUCCAUAUUACAAAAAGCGUGUCAUACAAUGGCAUGAACUACAGCACAGGAAUGAUAGUUGUUCAUGGGCAAUUAUUUGGUUUGCCAGAGUUUGCAGAAAUUCUGCAGAUUUUUAUUUUGCAUGGCAGAAUAUACUUUUUUGUAAAAAAGUUCUCUGCUUGGUAUCGAGAGCACUUCAGAGCUUUUGAACUUGACAUGUCACAUGUGAGAGAGGUGUCUCUGAUUGAGCAUGGGGAACUACUCGAUGACUACCCGUUAGCUGCCUAUUCAGUGGGAGGCCUGCGUCUGGUUACUCUGAAGAGACACACUAACUUGCAGGGUAAACAGGAGUGAUGUUUGUCAACAUGAUGGCCCAGCCCAUAAGACUGAGGAUCAUUCUCGGAGAAGAUGAUGCCAGGAAACUAAUUUUACCAGCUGGGAUAUCAGACUCCAUUGAGGAAUUGUGUCAGGAAGUAAAGACAAAUUUUGGAGUGCAACAGGAUUUUCGUCUUCAAUAUCAAGAUCCUGAUUUCGGAAAUGAGUUCGUAAAUCUGACUGCGAUCUCUGAAAUUAAUGAUAAAGCAACUUUAAAGGUUGUAUACUUGGAUAGUGUGCAGUUGCAAAGUUUUACAGAAGAUGAGGGAGUGACGUGUCAACCAGUGCGAAGUCCAACACAUUCCUUUUCAAGCUCUUCAGCAGACACAGACAAUACAAGGCCCGUUUCAUCGUCAGGUUCAUCACCGUCUACAAGACUGUCAGUGUGGCCAAGUGUCUUCACAGUCCCUCGUUUCAGCUAUGAGGCUGAACUGCAACUUGAAAAGGCCAAUGCUGAGUUCAUUGCUGGUGGAACUCAUUUGACCCCCUCACCAAAACUGAAAUCCCACCUUUUAGAAAGGCUGGCUGAAGAAAUAAUAAAAUUUAAAGUCUAUCCAACUGACAAUGACCUGAAUGAAGUUGCAGAAGCCCUUGUCAAACAGCAUCCUUGUCUGAGGGAGCAGGGAUCCUUCAAUGGCUGUUAUGGUUGGAAAAUUAGCCUCAAGUAUAAAAUGGCCAAUGUCCGGACCAAACUGAGAGGCCUAGGCUGUGCUGAGGUGUUGGUAAAUUCACUAAAGAACAAGGCCCAAGACAAAAGUCAGGCAGCAUUGAAUGUGAAAAAGCCUAGAAGAGCAGAAGUCAAUUACUGUCCGCAGUAUCCAAAAGGAGAAACUACUGACAGCCUGGAAAAAGAGAGAAUUGCACUGCUUUCAGAGGUUCAGAAAAGAAACAAUGACAAUAUAGUGACAAUGAAAAUGCAGAAGACUUUUUCGUAUAGAAGGCAAGAAGUUAUUCAAGGACAGCCCUUCAUUGCAGAUUUUAAAAGCAGAUGGCCAGCUCUGUUCACCGAGAAAGAGAUUGACAAGGAAUUCCUGCGCAUAUCGACAGUACCGCUGCUAUCUAGAUUCUUUUAUGAGCUAGACUUGUACACUCCACGCAUGAUGGAGCUCUUUCGAGGCAAAGGUGGGGUGGCUGGCAGAAAAAUGAGACACAUCAUGGUGGCCAUCUCCAAGGAUGACACAAUACAUACAAGGCGAGCAUGCAUCCUGAAGUCCUUGUGUGUCUACCUGAAUGAAGACCAUGAGAAACUUGUGAAGGAAUAUACGAACACUGAGGCCAACACUGAAGCCAUGGAACAAACUGUGAUGGGAGUGUAUGUCAUACAUCAGGAGGCUGCGGAGCCUGGAGAUGACCCAGAGAACAUCGGUGUCCUGAUUGAAGGCGUUGAGGUUCUCACUGGUUUGAGGAGCAUUGCAAUUGCUUGUGCUCUGUUAUUUGGACUGAUAUACUGUCUGAACCUAAGCUACCCACCGGAGCUCAAAUGCACUUUUGAAGUCUUGCAAAAGAUUAUCAUGAAGCUGGAUGGGCAGAGGUUGUCAUCCAAGGCACAGUUCCUAAAAAACAAGCUAAUGGGGUGAAUGAGCUUGAAACAGACUCAGGCAAGCCAGAUAUUUUUUUCAAGGUUUCUGCAAUGCAAAUAUGUGUUUACCGUUUUCAAGUUUAAAAUUGUAAGUUAUAAAAUGUUCAUAUAAACUAUGUGGUUUGCUCUGUGGCUAUUAGACAAAGAUUGUUCGUUCAUAACUUAAAGUCUUAUACACUUGAAGUGUAAACACUGAUUUUUGCCAGAUGGGCAAUUGUUACAAAGGCAAAUGCACACUGGUUUUCGCAAAUUGUUUGAGUGGAGCAGUUAUACUCAAAAUUGAAUGUUUUCUCCACACGUUAAAUAGCAUAAAGUCACUAUUAAUGGAUACAGCCUGAUUAAAUGGAGUACUAAUGUAUGCAAGCAACAUAGUAAUGUUGUAAUGUUAUAGUAAUGUUGAAUGUUAUGUCUGAGCUUUAAAUUGUGUUAAAAUUCAUAUUGUUGUUUGCAAUGCAUAUUUUACUACAUUUUACGAAAGUUGCUUUGGGGAUAAUAUUUUUUGUCUGCAAACUAUUCAACAGACUUAUUUCAUUUUUAUUAUUAGCGUUAGGGUUAUUUUAUUGUAUUUUUUUGUUUCAGUCAGCAUGUCUUGAUCUGGAAGUUCUGUGGUCUUAGUAUGAGAUGGUUAAAGGGGAGAAAGCUAGGCUGAACUGGGAUCCUGCCAACUGUUUUAAGAAUGUUCAAGCAAAAUAAAAGAGAUGGUUUUGCAAGUUA